AUGGGCAUGCUGAUAAACGUCCUGGCGGAGUGUUGUGCGGAUAUGUCACACCAACCUAAACCAUUCCGGAUGCAACCUGAAGCCACAACCCCUCUUGUCCGACGUGCGAAGCAGUUAGCCAGCGACAAACUUCUGCAGCUGAACAAGCAACCCACUGGCAGCCCCAAUCCUGCCCAUGUUCGAGUUCAAUCUCGUCCGGCCCCUCGAUUCUACAUUCCCUCGAAAAAGAGAACCGUGGAGUACGUAGCUGUAACAGCGCAAAUGGGUGGGAACUACGCGCGAAUGGAGUACCACGGGCAGCCUGACGAAGGAUGGCUUGUCGAUACGGCGACCGGAUGGUGUCAAAGCAGGUAUUGGAAAAAGUUUGGAUCGUGCAUCCACCUCCUUCACGCGAGGUUCGCUUCGCAUAGGGUGAGCGCCCAGGGAUGGCGCAUCCUAGUAAACCGAAACAUCAUCCGUAAGGCUGGAGAGAACCAAAACGUGGCUGCAAAUGCUUCGGCAGGACGGCCACCGUUGAACGGUGCUGCUCUAUCGCUCACGUAG